GAAAGAAAGCACAAGCGAAGACAACCACCCUCAUUCCACGCAAGACGCACCACACACAACACCACACACGCGCGAUCACCUCGGUAUCAUUUCUCCACCCCCCCCCCCCCACACACACACGCACACGCACACACACACGCACGCACAAGGUACCACCACGAUGGCGCCCUCUGGCCGUAUGGUGAUGAUGGCGGGCAUGGCUGCGCUUGUAGUUGUGCUGGCGUGCCUGCCGCAGCACGGAUUGGCAAGCAUCGGCGCGUGCACGCGCGUGCAGAACGGCGCUGAUAUCCAGGGCGGCAAGACCUGCCACCUGUCGCCGCUCGCUCAGCAGGCUGGCGCCAACAAGUUCGCCUGCGCAUGCAACGCAUCCUCUGCCGGCCAAAACCAGCUCAACAACACGCUCUACCUCGCCCCGGGCGACGUGGGCCAGCCAGUCAUCACCUGGGUCAACGCGCAGCUGACCGAUGCCGACAUUGUGCUCACCACGCAGGACGCAGGCAAGGACCCCGUGACGGCGCAGACCGGUGGCAACUUUGCCUACAUCAGCAACCCGCUUGGGCCCGAGUACAUCUGGUACAGCGCACAGACGCACUUCACGAACAAAAGCACCAGCUUGAUGCAGGUCGAGGCAGGGUACACGCGCUGCACAACCCUCAUCCUCGACACUACGGUGAGCCUGCCCUGGAACAACGAUACCUCGUCGGACGUCCUGCUCAAGUUCCAUGUGGAGCCCCCCUUCCCGCUCGGUAUCAUCACGACCAUGACCAGCAGCGUGACCCUGACAGACAACACGCGCACGUGGCAUUUCAGGGACGUGCCCGCGUACGAUCGCUCGUUUGGCGGAUACGUGCAGCCAACGUGCACUCACGUCACGGCCACCAUCCUCAAUUCGCUUGUCCUCAACGGCGGCCGCGGCACGCCGUGCAUGAACAGCACGACAACAACCUUCUUCCUUGCCACGGCGCCCGCAUCUGUCACCACCAUCAACGUCACGUCCAUCGAGGCAUCGCGCGUGUCUGCGUGGUGGACGGUGCCCCGUACCGGCGGCUGCAACAUCACCCACUACAACGUCAGCGUGUACGAGGCCGCCACGCCGCACCUGCGCCUGCUUGCCACCAACACCACCACCAUUACCAACGCCACGCUUGCGCUCCCCGGCGCGAUUGAGUUUGCCGUGAACCAGAACUACUUCAUCACCGUCUCCGCCUGCACGCAGGUCGGGUGUGGCGUCGACGGGCAGGUCAGCUUCCACUACGAGCCCAGCAACGGCAACAAGAACCCCUCGCCCAUCACUGGCGCCAUCAUCGGCGGCGUGCUUGGUGGCGCCGCCUUGAUUGGCCUCAUCUUGCUCGCCGUUAAGCACGCGCGCGGCACUCGCUCCGGUUACUCCCCCAUUUCCUGAUCCAUCACAUGUGUGUGUGUGUGUGUGAGUGUGUGUGUGCGCGCGUGUGUGUGUAAGUGUGUGUGUGUGUGUAAGUGUGUGUGUGUGUGUAAGUGUGUGUGUGUGUGUAAGUGUGUGUGUGUAAGUGUUCCUUUGUUACGCGAGCGCGUCUGUCUGUUUGAUUGUGCGUGUGUGCGUGUGUGUUUGUUCGCUUGACUGUGUCUCUGCGACUGUGACUGCCUCCGCCUGUCACUGCGUGUGCCCCUGCCUUGCCGCUGAGUUGCCUGUGUUCUCAUGUUCACGCUGGUGAAUGCUUCCUUGCCCUUGACGUACUCGAGCAAAUACACGAAACACACGCGCGA